GGGCAUUUCAUUCACAUUGACUUAAACUCCAAGUGUCCACUCUUAAAUUCUAAGUGGGACACGUGUAUUUGUUUCGACUUGUGUUGUGCACAGGCUCGUGCAGAAGCCCUCCGAAAAUGUCGUGUCCCGUGUCCGGUGUCCCGUGUCCCGCCUCCCUCGGCCGACAGCGACAGCGACAGCGAACGCGCAGCGCUUUUGUGCCGCCGGGGCGCCGUCGUCGCCCCUCUACAGCAGAGCUACUCUUCAUUUACACCGAGUUGUAAAAUGCGAUUGGCUGCCGUCGCCCCUGUCAGAGCGCAGCCCCGCCGCUGACUGGCCCAUUUCACGUGUGUGUAGUUUCACGUGCUUCCGGUCGUCGUAAAAAAAGUGUUUGGGAGGCACGGCGAUUUUAGGAGAGUUUGCGAAGAGCGAACUGUCACAGACUGGAGACGGGCACGGGCACGGACUCGGACUCGGACUCCGGGGGAGCGCGCGCGCUGUGCUGCUUGCCGUCAGCCUCGUCGCGCGGCCACAUUAUGACACUUGGAAGCGCGCGACCGCAGGAUGCCGCCCGUUUAGAAGAAGAGAGUGUUGCCUAAAUUUACCGACUGGUCGUCUGCCUUAUUAUUUCCGCGGCGCUUCCACAUCGCUACGCUUCCGCUGUAACUGGAUACAAAUAUCCGCGCGCGCGCCUCGGCAGCCGUUCCAACUGGGUCCAGUUAUGGAAGAGCAGAAGGAUCAGAGCAGCCGAGAGUCGAGCGACGGGGAGAGCGUGUCUCUGUCCCCGAACCUGCCAUCGCCGCCCAUUCUGCCCCAGCAAGUGGGGCAGCAGGUCCACAGAACCACCAACUUCUUCAUCGACAACAUCCUGCGGCCGGACUUCGGCUGCAAGAAGGAGGCGGGCGGCCGCGAGCGCGCGCACACGUCGGGUAGGGAGAACGUGAACCCGCUGGUUGUAAGGCCGUCGCACCCGAGCACGCAGUGCCAGGACUCCAACUGCAGCAGUGACAGCACCUCGUCCUCGUCCUCCUCGUCCUCCUCGUCCUCGUCCUCCUCCUCGUUGCCCCCCGCAAAGCAGAAUUCUGCGAAGCAGGGAGAAGGCAAUGGAUCUACUACGGCGGGAAAGUACGGCGAGAACGCCACGUCCAUCAUGGUCGUGAACGCGACUAACGGAGGAUCUGCUGCCAUGAAGGAGUCGCAGCCGCUGCUCUGGCCUGCCUGGGUUUACUGCACCAGGUACUCGGACAGACCGUCAUCUGUCUCCACACCAGGACCGAGGACUCGGAAACUGAAGAAGAAGAAGAACGACAAGGAGGACAAGCGGCCCCGCACCGCCUUCACGGCCGAGCAGCUGCAGAGACUGAAAGCGGAGUUCCAGGCGAACCGCUACAUCACGGAGCAGCGGCGGCAGAGUCUCGCGCAGGAACUGAACCUGAACGAGUCGCAGAUCAAAAUCUGGUUCCAGAACAAGAGGGCGAAAAUUAAAAAAGCGAGCGGCUACAAGAACGGCCUGGCGCUCCAGCUCAUGGCACAAGGACUAUACAACCAUUCCACCACGACGAUCCAAGAGGACAACGGGGAGAGUGAAUGAAGGAAUGAAGGGCCUCGCGGGCCCCGGCCUCGCGGGAGCGAGCGCUUCGCCUCGCUUUUUUUUUAAGAACACGCACGUGGAGCGGGACAGGUGCUAUUUAAAUCAAAUCUCCGUCUAUCGCAUAGUAUAUAGGCAUAAGUAUAUAAAUAACGAUCAUUGAUGACAAAAAAAGGAAAAGAAAUCUAUAUAUAGCCAAACAAUAUGACGUUGUAUAUAUUUAAUUUCAGGUAAGGGUAUGUCUGUAUUGAUCCCUACUUGCUGGAGAUUUUUUAAAAUUAUUUCUUCUUUAUGAUGUUGUUGCUCACUGUUUUAGAAAGUGUCUGACUCAUUAGGAUUUUUUCUAUGUGAUUUCUGUCUCUUUAACCCUCACUUAAAUUCAGAUUCAACAAAAUGCGUUCCUGGACCGUCGCUUCAAGCCAAAGAUUUUAAUAUGUUCAGAAAAUAUGUAGUCUGAAAUAAAAGUGUUAAAUGGCCUUUCGGUUCAUUUCUUCCCUUGAGUUUAAUGUUAUUCGAGCCGCGCGACAGACCGCCACCUAUGUAAUGCAAAUCUGAAUGUUAAACUUUUCAACCUGCUUCACCUAUGGAGUAAUUUAACUUUGUACUGUAAGUGUAACAUGAACACAAGAGGAGACGUGUUGCUCAUAAAUAAAUAAUUUUAUG